CAAGCCGCCAUGAGGGCCGGCUCGCGCGGACCCUUGCUGGUUGCAGCCCUGCUCGCCAUACUGUAUUCAGGAUGGUGUUCGGAAGACGAGGAGCGUUUGGUUCGAGAUCUGUUCCGCGGAUACAACAAACUCAUCCGCCCAGUGCAAAAUAUGACACAGAAAGUGGACGUGCGCUUUGGACUCGCAUUCGUACAACUUAUCAAUGUUAACGAGAAAAAUCAAAUAAUGAAAUCGAACGUGUGGCUGCGCCUGGUGUGGAUGGACUACCAGCUGAUGUGGGACGAGGCGGACUAUGGGGGCAUUGGCGUGCUGCGUCUGCCUCCGGACAAAGUCUGGAAACCGGACAUUGUGUUGUUCAACAACGCCGAUGGGAACUACGAAGUACGGUACAAAUCUAACGUUCUCAUUUAUCCAAACGGAGAAGUGCUCUGGGUGCCACCCGCCAUUUAUCAGAGUUCAUGCACUAUCGACGUAACCUACUUUCCCUUUGAUCAACAAACGUGCAUUAUGAAGUUCGGCUCGUGGACUUUCAACGGCGACCAAGUUUCGUUAGCACUUUACAAUAACAAAAACUUCGUUGACUUAUCUGACUACUGGAAGUCGGGAACUUGGGACAUUAUAGAAGUUCCAGCAUACCUAAAUAUUUACGAAGGCAACCAUCCUACUGAGACCGAUAUUACUUUUUACAUCAUCAUUCGAAGAAAGACUCUAUUCUACACCGUUAACUUGAUCUUACCAACCGUACUUAUAUCGUUCCUAUGUGUUUUAGUUUUUUAUCUACCAGCUGAGGCUGGGGAAAAGGUUACAUUGGGUAUAAGCAUUUUACUGUCACUGGUCGUGUUUUUAUUGCUCGUGUCGAAAAUUCUGCCGCCGACAUCCUUGGUGUUGCCGCUUAUCGCUAAAUACUUGCUUUUCACAUUUAUCAUGAAUACCGUUAGUAUCCUCGUCACGGUCAUUAUCAUAAAUUGGAACUUCCGAGGACCGAGGACACACAGGAUGCCUCUUUGGAUACGCAGCGUGUUCUUGCACUACCUACCUACAGCGCUGCUCAUGCGUCGACCACGCAAAACUCGCCUCCGGUGGAUGAUGGAGAUGCCGGGCAUGGGAGCGCCGCCCCACGCCGCCGCGCCGCACGAAUUACCCAAACAUAUUAGCGCAAUUGGAUCGAAACAAAGCAAAAUGGAGGCGAUGGAGUUGUCUGAUCUUCAUCAUCCGAACUGCAAGAUCAACCGCGCUGCGGGCGGUGGCGAGGUGGGCGCGCUCGGCGGGCUCGGCGCCCUGGGCGGACUAGGGCUCAGCGAGAGGAGAGAGUCCGAGAGCUCCGAUUCUUUACUGCUUUCACCUGAAGCGGCCAAAGCAACCGAAGCAGUCGAAUUCAUAGCAGAACACCUGCGAAACGAGGAUUUGUAUAUUCAGACGCGCGAAGAUUGGAAGUACGUCGCAAUGGUGAUAGACAGACUACAGCUAUACAUUUUCUUCAUAGUAACAACAGCCGGUACGAUAGGAAUCCUAAUGGACGCUCCGCACAUAUUUGAAUACGUCGAUCAAGAUCGUAUUAUUGAAAUAUAUAGAGGAAAAUAAACAUCAAGCAAAAAAUUAGACUUAAUAGUAAAUGAAGUAAUAAAACAUCGUAUUUAGGCUUCCAAAUAACUUUUACAUUUAGGUAUAAGAUUCUUUUUGGCGGUUUUGGCGGCUAAAGUUUGAAUGGCGCAAUAACUUAAUUUAGUUUGUUUCAACAUUUUUAUUACUUAAUAAAAAAUGCAACGGUGAAGUCGACGCCUUUUGUGUGUGGUUAAAUUCUGUUAAAACAUAGCAAACAUUUCUUGUGGACAUGGAAUUAUCAUUUUGAAUGUAAGUAAUCCGUGUUUACUAAUUAUAA